AUGGUGCAAGCUACCCACGGAGUCUUGAUCACCGGAGACGUUGUACUGAUCGAGUUCAUCCGCUCGCUCAACGAGGAGCAGCCACCCAAGGAAAGGUUCAUCAUCAAAGACCUGGGCGAAAAGAAUUUGUUCAUCAAGGACAAGAAGGUUGAGUUUGUGCAGAAGAAGGUGGCUGAGUGGCAGCAGAGCCUGCGGUUCGAGCCCAAGAAGGACCAGCAGCAGCAGCAGCAGCAGUGA